CUCGAGCGAGCGCGGCCGCCGGCGACACCCGGACAACGCGCCGGCGGCGGGGCGAGGAGGGCGGCCCGGAGGGCAGCGGCCCUGGCCCGCGUGUGCGGCCCUCUCUCGCGCUCCAGCACCGCUCUGGCUGUGCCCCGGCCCCGCCACACGCGCAGCCAUGGUGGGCCGGCUGAGCCUGCAGGAUGUCCCCGAGCUCGUGGACACGAAGAAGAAGGGCGACGGCGUCCUGGACAGCCCGGACUCGGGGCUGCCCCCAAGCCCUAGCCCCAGCCACUGGGGGCUCGCGGCGGCGGCGGGCGGCGGUGGAGAGCGCGCCCCGGUCCCUGGGGCGCUGGAGCCCGACGCGGCGGCGACCCCAGCAAUCCCGAACCCAGCAUCUCUGACCCACUCGCUGGCUGCCAGCUGCUCACCACGGCUCUGUCCCCUGUCCUUCGGCGAAGGAGUCGAGUUUGACCCCUUACCACCGAAGGAAAUAAAGUACACCUCCUCAGUCAAGUAUGACUCUGAGCGGUACUUCAUCGAUGAUGUGCAGAUGCCCCUGGGGCUGGUGGUGGCUUCCUGCAGCCAGACAGUCACCUGUAUCCCCAAUUGCACGUGGCGAAACUAUAAGGCUGAGGUGCACUUCGAGCCCCGCCACAAGGCCGCACGCUUCCUCAGCACCACCAUCAUCUACCCCAAGUACCCCAAGACCGUCUACACCACCACUCUGGAUUACAACUGCCACAAGAAGCUGAGGAGGUUUCUGUCCAGUGUGGAGCUCGAGGCCACAGAGUUCCUGGGUAGUGAUGGUCUCUCAGAUGGAUGCUGACUCAAGCUAGCUACUUGAGGUUGGGCCAGCUGGUCAUACACUGCCCUGGUCCCCAGACCACUCUGGACAAGUUGGGUAACAUUGCUGUUGCAUAUCAUCCCAGCCCAGAGGAGGCUGACCUAGAGAUACCUCUAAGCCUAGCCAGGGAAAGAAGAAAGAAAAAAAAAAUCUCUGCAUCUUAUAAUAAUAGAGAAACUUGGCUUUGUUUAAAAUUUUUUUAGAUAGUUUUUUUAAAGGAGCAUAUAUAUAUAUAUCCUGGCUGGUUGAUGCAGUUUCCCCAAAGUCUCAAUUUAAUAAGAAAAUAAAGAUAGGCAGAACAAUGGCGUCAGGACCAGCUGAAGUGAGCUUGUCCUCCAUUUUCUGACGAAGGAAGUGGGAAAGUCUCUGGAACAGAAAAAGUGGGUUUUAAGAAAUGUCAGCCAUGCAUAUCUUCAUUGCUGAAAAAAAAGAGAGAGAGAGAAGGAGCUACCUCGGUGGACUGUGGUGCCCAGAUGUGCUCAAUCUGUGGAGACUCGUGUUCAGGACCGUGUUCCAUUUCUGCUUCAUUUGUUCUUCCUGCUAACCCAAACUCUUAAUAUUAUCAAAAUCUUUCUCAUGGUAUUAGGAGAGAACAACAAAAACCCCAGAAGGAGAUGCUCUGCCUGUUCCGCCGUCGCUGGGUUGGGUAAACAGCUAGUCCUGUCUGGGGCACCGCAGCCGUCUGGCUCGCCAAGGUUGGUUCCGGGCUCAGGCUGUGGUGCAGCCCUAGCGUGCUUGGCAUCUGGUUAACAUCUCCUUAGGCUUGUGUAAUUCCGCUCAUAGGUAUUUUGGGGUUUUGAAAUACUUUCCCUUUUUUUUUUUUUUUUUCCACAAGGCAAAAUGCAGCAGAGGCUCUUUUUGAGAGGAACGGCAUUUUAAAAGAAUGCUUUGGAGAAACGCAUGUGGGAACUGUGUGGAAAGAGACUCCACUGCGGGCCGCCAUGCCCAGGGACAGCUGUGAUAGGCAGAUUCGAAUGUGACUCAGACCCUCAUGAUCAAAUGUCUCGAUGGACUGGUUCUUAGGACUGUGAUAAUGUCAAAACUGGGAGGAAUUGGGUUUAGCCCAGAAAAGCAAGGAGUAUUCCUUACCAUUCAGAUGAAGCUAAGAUGAAUUCGGGAGUAGGGAGUGACAAUUCAAACACCACAGCCUUGCCUCUGUGGUGAUGGGGGAACAUUUCUUUCGGACCACUGUAUACACAGAAGGAACUAUCGUGGAGUCGGGGAUGAGUCAAAAGUGUUUCCCAGCAGCAGGGACGAUGCUGGCCCAGUGGGUGCUGUGCACCAGGCUGCUGCUGGUCCCAUGCCCAUACCCCAGGCCUGGCCCUUGCUUCUUAGAACCCCCUCCCAGGCCCCACAGUGCUGGAGUGAAGAAAGUGGCAAACUGAUUUUUAUUCCAGCGCUGGAAAGAACAAGUUGUACAUAUUUCCUCUGAAUAUUUCCAAAUCUUGUCAGGUGGGUUACAGAGACUCUGCCUUCUGUGAUGUCUCUGGGUCUCUGCAGAUGGCUUCCGUCUGUCCAGAAAGCAGACUUGAGAACGUGCUGGCUAUCCCGGGGCCACAGCAGGGACUUGUGAUCGGGGAAGAGAGGUGCAAAGAUAAUCACUCUCAUGUGAAGACGGUGGCGAUGAUUAGAGCCACGCUGCCUAGCCUGUGUCCCCUGCAGACAGACAGCCAUGUCUGCUCUGUUGUGUUUUUAACUCAUGCCCCUGGGCAGACAGGUUGCUGGCCUUGGGGUCCCAGCUGACUAGGGUGCAGCUCAGUUGGGGACACACUGGGGCACACAAGCUCCUCAGUCAGACUGAGUAACAAGUGCUACUUGGCUUUGGAAAAGCCUUUAUUGACAGAAGUGGAUUUUCUGUCUGACUCUAUACUGUCACUGAGGUGGGAAAUACAAUUUCUUUUUGCAAAUACAAUUCUUUUUUUUUUUUCUUUUUUCUUUUUCUUUUUUUUGAG